GUCAGAGUGAAUGGAGUAGAAUACAAACCAGGAAUGACAAGUCCUAACAAGAAGCAGGCGAAAGCAGAGGCAGCUCUCGUGUGUUUGCAACAGUUGGGAAUUCUCCCAUUUUAAGACCUACUUUUUGCUGAGACAUUGCCUUAUGUAUUGUGAGAAGCAUUGGUGCCCAACUCAUGUACGAUGGUAACCCUUGUUAUGUUAUGCCAUUGUACAAUAUUUUGUCAGAGACUUGCAAGCAAUGCAGUGUUUUGAGUGUACUAUAAUCUCCAUUCUGCAUUUUAAAUCUAUUGAACACCAUUUAUUGAAUCUGUAAGUAUUUGUGUAUCUACAUCUCAUAAUAAAUUCUCUUAGUAAUGAAGAUGAUUUAUGAUUGGUUUUUUAAACAAGCAAUGGACCAACUAGGAAAUUGAUGUUUAGUAAUGAGAGGGAGGUAUGUCUUGCUUUUUGAAAAUUAAAUACUUACGUUCAUUAUAUAUAAUGAAAUGAUAUAAGAAAAAUAUUGUAAAGUUUGUCUAAUAAACUUAUUUGAAUUUUAUGUAAUUUAUAUAUUGGUGAACACUUCACAUGACAAUUAUUUCAAUAUUAGCAGUCUGGUAAAAUUGAGUGUAUCAAAUCAGAUUUUGAUUUGAAAUUGAAUUGUACCUUGAGAGUGUAAGCCUGUGAUAUUUCUUGUGAAGCAUUUGAACUUUGUAAAUAUUUAUAUUCCAUAUUGCAUAAAUAGUUUCACAGAGUUUUCAUUCAGUUGAAUAGAUGUUAUUAGAGAGAAAAUAUUGGAUACACCACUUCCAGUGAUGUGGUAGUUGUGAUGGUGAUGGUUGAUGAUGUUCUCAUAAUGAGAAUAGAAGACAUUUGUGUGGUCUUUUUGAAACAAAAUUUACUGUCUUGACAAUGUUACAUAAUUUAAUGUUUCAAAUUGUAAUAUAAAUGCAAUCAUGUAAUAUCAACUGUAUUUCAUGCAUUAAUGUUUUUAAAAUAGUGUGUGACCAUUUUUUCUGUUUAAUAAUACUCUGAUGAUCAAUUUUAUUCAUCCAGUUUGCUUUUUCUUAUGAAAAGAAUUUCACAGUAAGUUUGUUUAUCUUACUGUGAAAAUCUUCCAAGAGCAUGUGACUGCAUUCUUUUCCUACUUCGUUUGCCUUUUAGUUUUUUAUAUCUCUUGAAUCAUUAAAAAGUACAAGUUAAUUUCCAUCUUUGUAACGUUUGUUUGUGUGCAUGGAUAUUAAGAUGGUUGAUUUGGCCUAUGUUAACAAAUAGUGACAUUUAGAAGAAUUUUAGAAAAAAUAACUUAUAAUGGUCAAUGAGUCAAAUACAUUAUUUGUGUGUGUGUGUGUAUAUACACACACACACAUAUAUACAUACGCAUUCACACACAUACUUACAUACUCGAGUAUUAACGACUCUGAUAUAUCCAUUUAUUAGUAAUGUUAUAUAAAAUUAUUUGCUUGCAACAUGGGAGUAUGUUGAAGUGUGUGUAAGAUUUUAACUGAACUAGUCCAUUACCAAUUGUUGUGUUGAUGCGUUUAGCUUGUGGUAAAUAUUGCUUUUCUUUUCUCAGAUAAGUAUAUAAUCGAGUGUCUUACUUUCUAUAAAAUGUUGGGCACCUCUGCAUAUAAUUAUUAUUUUGUGUGUUACACAUGUGAUCAUUAUAAAAAUGACAUAGAGGUACAUUUUUGUUUGGAGAUGCAAUUUGUGUUUUUAUUCAGUACAUGCAUGUGACUUUUGAGAAAAUCACAAUGAAAUGACACUCUAUAUAUUUCUGUUUGACAGCAAUUUUUACAGUGUAUAUGUGUGAAACUUAGUCCUGUUUUUACUGGGUGAAAACCUAAUUUAUAUGUGAAAAUCUGUAUGUAUAGUUAAUUGCUAUAAGUUAGCUGUGGUACUUGUUUUUGAUCAUGGUACAAUAUACCAAUAUACUCAUUAAAACAUUAAUUUCUUUUCUUCUAUGUUUUAUUUAUUUGUACCUUGUUAAAUGAUGAAAGUAUUUUCUUGAUAUGCAGAGUACUCAUUUUUAAACUUAUAGUUGUAUCAUAUCAAUUACUGCACUGUUUUUUUUUUUUUUUUGUUUUUUUUUUUUUAAUCAAAAUGCUAUUAUUAAAAACAAUACUGGUAUGUUGAAAUUGAAGUAUAUUUUUGUUAUGGGUUUUUGUUAUUAUUUAAUGUUUAUAUUUUGAUUUUGUGUGAUAAACUUAAUGUUCUACUGAAUAUUGCUGUUUUUCGGUCAUUACAUAUAUUAUGUACAUACACUUAUUUGUCACUCAAAACCAUGCUAAAUUCUGUGAUUUGUUUACUUGAGCAAGAUAACGCAGUGGCAUAUUUUAGUGUUGUUUCAACAUUUAAAAAAAUAAAGAUUCUUAAAGAAAA